CACAUGUCGGCGGCGGUGGCGGCUGCUCCCCCUCUGGCCGUCACUUCCGACAAUCAGGUUUGGUGCAGAACAUUUACUGUGAUUUAAACCAAAGAUCCUAAAGCGGUUUUAAACCCCAGGAGGGAGAUAGUUGUGACCAUGGAGACGGCGCAGGCUGAGGAUGAUGAGAGAAGGCCGCUGUUGCAUGUGGAGCCUGGAAGAGAAGCCACGUUAGUUGAGACGCUGCAGGAAAAUCGAAGUCGCUGGAGAUCAAUCCGAGUCAUGUACCUGACUAUGUUCUUCAGCAGUAUUGGUUUCUCGAUUGUAGUGUCUUCAAUAUGGCCAUUUCUACAAAAGGUGGAUAAGACUGCAGAUACAAGUUUUCUUGGAUGGAUUAUUGCAGUCUACAGUUUGGGACAAAUGAUUGCAUCUGUACUGUUUGGUGCAUGGUCCAAUUACAGGCCAAGGAGGGAACCUCUUAUUAUCUCCAUUUUGAUUAAUGUGGCAGCAAACAUACUGUACGGUUAUGCACAUGCACCACCUUCCCAUAAUAAGUACUAUAUGCUGCUAGCUCGCGCCUUUGUGGGAUUUGGAGCAGGAAACGUGGCAGUGGUACGAUCAUAUGUGGCUGGGGCAACAUCACUUGAGGAAAGGAACAGUGCGAUGGCAAAUAUAAGUGCUUGUCAAGCUCUGGGAUUUAUAUUAGGACCAGCUUUGCAGGCAGCUAUGACGAGUAUUGGGCCAACAGGAAUAUUUUGGAAGAUAAUUAACCUUCAGCUGAACAUGUACACUGCACCAGCUUUUCUGGGUGCAUUCCUAGGAAUUUUAAAUAUCAUUCUUAUUAUUGCACUAUUCAGGGAACACUGCGUUACUGAUUUGGAAAGAGCAAAAAGUAUAAAUGUCCAAGGAAAUUCAGAGACACUUGAAAAUUCUGAUGGUGAUAUUGAUCUGGUCGCUGUCGUAACCUGCAACAUCCUGUUUUUCAUCAUUUUCUUUGCAUUUGCCAUUUUUGAAACGAUAGCCACUCCAUUAACCAUGGACAUGUAUGCGUGGACUGGUAAGCAGGCUGUCCUCUACAAUGGGCUGCUCCUGGUGGGCGCUGGAGUAGAAUCUAUUGCUGUUUUUAUGGCAAUCAAAUUUCUUUCAAAAAGAAUUGAAGAUCGGCAAAUGCUUCUUGGAGGAUUCAUUCUCAUUUUUGUUGGCUUCUUUGUUCUGCUGCCGUGGGGAAACCAGUAUCCUCCAAUCCAAUGGACAGAGCUGAAGAAUGGUUCCAACUCUAGUUCUGCUGAAAUAAAAUAUGAUGAAUCUUCCAUAGCUGCUUGGAAUGUCUUAUCACAGCCUUCACUUGGUCUCGAUGCUAUUGCAGUAGGAUGUCCUGUGCAGCAAGUAUGGUGUCAAUAUACACCCAUUAUCCAUCUAGCUCAAUAUAUCGGAUCUGUUAUCCUGAUUGGAAUUGGAUACCCAGUCUGUAGUGUUCUUUCCUACACCUUGUAUUCAAAGAUUUUAGGACCAAAGCCCCAGGGUAUUUACAUGGGGUGGCUAACGGCCUCUGGAAGUGGAGCACGCACACUUGGACCAACCUUUGUUGGUCAAGUUUAUCCUCGUUACGGACCUCGAUGGACAUUUGGCCCCAUAUGCGGGAUGGUGAUGGCAGCUGCAAUACUUGUCGGGCUGAUGUACAAAAAACUCAUAGGAUUCUCAAUCCGAUAUCAGACUCUACAGCAAUGCUAAACUGCAAGGAACGAAAGUACAUUUAUGGACAUAGCGUUAAUAAAACUAAAUUGCACUUUAUUUUAUUUACUGAAGUUAAUAAUGGGGUUCAACUGUAAAUGCUUCUGUCUAAACUAUUCAGUCUACUUGCAACAGUUUAACUUCUGCUGCGUAAAAUUGUAAUGUCCAUAUAGAUGUGAUAGGUGUACUUUUUAAAAUCUACCAAUUUUGAAAUGACAAAUAUUGCAAGCUAUGUUAUUUUUAGAGGUGUGACAUUUAUAGUAAAGUUUAGGCAUAUUGUGAAUAUUGCCCCUGGAUGAAGCUUCAGGUAUAUUUUUGUAUUUCACUGUAGACAUCCACAAGCAUAAAUAAGUCUUAAAUAAUAUGCUUUACAUAGGUCCUUGAAACCAUUAAUGCACAACAUUUUGUUUCCAUAAAAAACCCAGCCAGGCA